UCAAAAUGACAUCGUAGAGAGACAUACAAACUACUCUUGGUGAUUUAAAGUGAAAAAGUUACACCCGGACUACUGUAUAUACAAGACGAGGAUGACCGAGGUUUUGAUCUACCUUGUCACCUUGGCUUGCUUGCUAUGGGCACCAACAAAAGCCGACAAGAAAAUAUUCUGUUACUACAGCAGUUUUGCCCAGUCCAGGCAGGGCAUGGCGCGCUUCCUUCCUGAGGAUAUAAACCCUCAGUUGUGUACGCACGUGCUGUUUGCCUUCGUGGAUGUGUCCCCCGACGGAAGAAAUCUGAAGCCUUCCAAUCGAAAUCACAUAUCACGUGGGGGGAAGCCAGGUCUGUAUGAGAGAACCGUAGCACUGAAACAAAGGAACCCGGAACUGAAGGUGCUCCUGGCCGUGGGUGGCUGGGCCCAGGGCUCCAAGCAGUUCGUCCCCAUGAUGUCCAGCGUAGAGAACAGACAGGCCUGGGUGAGAAACGUGGUCAGAUAUCUCCGGAAGUACGGCUUUGACGGCCUUGAUAUGGACUGGGAGUUUCCUGGCGCCAGGGGUAGUCCCCCAGAGGAUAAACAGAGGUUUACAAAGCUAAUGAAGGAACUGCAAGAGGCUUUCCGCAGUGAAGCCCAGAUCUCGGGAAAGGAUAAACUCCUCUUGACAUUAGCGACAGCUGGCGGCAUGUACUUUAUUAGCAAGAGUUACGAACCGGAAUUGCUCAUACCCCACGUGGACUACUUCCUGCUUAUGGCGUAUAACUACCACGGGAUGUGGGAGAAGUUCACGGGACAUCACAGUGGGUUGUACCCCAGGGCGGACGAGAAGGACAGGGACAGGGAACUCAACCAGCAAUGGACAAUUGACUUCUGGCUAGGGAAGGGAGCGCGAAAAGAGCAAAUAAUUGUUGGCAUAGCAACAUAUUCUAUGACCUUCACCCUCAGGGACCCCACCCAGCACGGGCUCAUGGCGCCAGCUACCGGCGCGGGAGAAGGCGGGAAAUACACACGUGAGCCUGGAGUUAUGGCCUACUACGAGAUUUGCCAGAACCUAAGAAGCGGCAGGUGGAACCGUGCUUGGAUCGCAGACCAGAUGAGUCCAUAUUACUAUGGUGACCGUCAGUGGGGCGGAUAUGACGACGUGGAGAGCGUAACUUAUAAGGCAUGCAGAAAAUAUCAUGUCUAG